ACAUGGCUUUUUCUCCACAUGCUUCCUUUUCUCCCUUACUUGCAUCACUAAACAUUCCACAAAGUAAUGAUUCUCCUGUUAACAAGCGCUUGUUUAACAAACAAACCAUUGUUCUUCGUGAUCAUACAUUACUUUCCACUCACUUUAAACCCAAUCGUUCCAAGAACCAAUCUUUCAUUUUAACAGAUGAUGACAUUGGGCAUGAAGCUCCAGUUAAAGGGAGGAUUUUGAAGCAUGUUUUGAGAGAAAUAGGAGACCCUUGGGAAUGUUUAAAUCUAAUUGAUGCAACGCAACGCCUUGGCAUUGAUUAUCAUUUCCAAGAGGAAAUUGAAGCUAUUCUGCAAAGGCAGUACGUUUUGUUUAAUGCUGUUCAAUUGAAUUCAGACACUGAUCUCCACAAGACUGCCCUCCUUUUUCGACUUUUCAGACAACAUGGGUACCUCUUGUCCUCAGAUGUGUUCGAAAGUUUCUUGGACAAGGAGGGGAAGUUCAAGGAAGAGCUGAAAGAUGAUAUAAAGGGGCUGACGAGUUUAUAUGAAGCUUCACAGCUAUGCAUGCAUGGAGAGGAGAUUCUUGAAGAAGCUGAAAACUUUAGCAGCCAUUGGCUAAAGGCUAGGGCUGAAGCUGAACAAGUUGAUCAUCAUUUAGCCAGUUUUGUUCAGCAUACUUUAGCUUAUCCUCAUCAUAAAAGUGUGGUGCAAUUAAUGGCGCCUAACUAUUUGGAAGAUGUGCAAUGGCCAAACAAAUGGAUUAAUAUCUUUCGAGAUGCUGCAAAAAUGGAGCUUUACUCAGCUCAACGUUUAUGCCAACAUGAACUCGCUCUAUUUACGAAAUGGUGGAAAGAAACAGAUUUGGCAAAAGAUUUGAAUUUCUCUAGAGAUCAACCCAUUAAAUGGUACGUUGCUUCAUUGAUUUGCCUCAGCACAGAUUCCUUCUACUCCAAACAAAGAAUCCAACUUGCAAAAUCCAUCUCUUUCGUAUAUCUCAUCGACGACAUUUUUGACGUUUUUGGAACUCUGGAUGAACUCACCAUAUUCACAGAAGCCGUUUGCAGAUGGGACUUGGCUGCUGCUGAAGGAUUACCAGACUGCAUGCAAACAUGUUUAAGAACCCUUUUUGAAGUUACUAAUGAAAUUAGCUGCCAGAUCUAUCAAGCCCAUGGAUGGAAUCCUAUUCACUCCUUACAUAAAGCGUGGGCAAAAUUAUGCAAGGCAUUUUUGGUCGAAGCUGAAUGGUUGAGUUCUGGGCAAUCACCAAGCGCAGAAGAGUAUCUAAAAAAUGGAGUGGUUAGCACAGGCGUCCACGUUACAUUAAUACAUGUCUUCUUUUUGUUAGGCGAGGCAAUUAGCAAGGAAAGUGUGGAGCUUUUUGAUGAGGAUUUAGAUAUCAUUUCAUCUAGUGCUACAGUUUUGCGGCUUUGGGAUGACAUGGGAAGUGCCAAGGAUGAGAAUCAAGAGGGGCACGAUGGGUCGUAUUUAGAAUAUUACAUGAAGGAGCAUCCGAGUACGUGUUAUGAAGAAACGAAGCUACAUACUAUGAAGCAAAUUUGUAAUGCAUGGAAGACUCUGAAUACAGAAUGCUUAUUAUCCAAUCUAUUUCCUCCCAACUUCAAUCAAGCUUGUCUCAAUCUCGCAAGAGGAGUUCCUAUUGCAUAUAACUAUGGCAGAACCCAAUCCAUUAUGUCCCUCGAAAACCUUAUUAAACAAUUUCUCUUUCAUAAAAUGGAGGUGUGUACCAAUCGAUACGGGGAGGUGUUCGAGAGCUACACUGUCACAGAGGGGUGUCGUUACAGGGAGGUGUUCGAGAGUAUUAUAAAUGGGCGCUAUCACCCAAUACAUCCCACCAUCUUACAAUAUUUUGAGCCAUUCAAGGAUUUCUUCAUCCAUCCCAUGGCAGCAUCAGCAUCAGCAAUGCUACUAGUUGGAGUAAUUCCACCUCCUUCUGCUGCUUCUUCUUCUUCUUCUUCUUCUUCUUCUUCUUCUUUUCAGCCAUAUCCAAAAGCUUCCAUGCACAAUAUGGUUCCUCACUCUCAAAAAUGGACCAUUCCUCUACAUCACUCCUUCCUUCCAAUUUCCCUUCCCGCAGAUUCACAAAUUUCUCCUUCAACUGACAAAAUGAGCAUGAAAUAUGAAUUUGAAAUGAAGAAUCUGAAGCAUUUGUUGAGUGAGAUGGCCAAAAUUGAUUCUUUGGAGAGCUUGAAUAUGAUUGAUGCAAUACAGCGCUUGGGGAUUGACCACUGCUUCAAAGAGGAGAUUAAAGCAAUUCUUCAAACACAAUACACCAUGGAAACUCACAAUUUUGAUGCUAAAUGUGGCCUUCAUCAAGUUGCUCUUCGCUUUCGACUCUUAAGACAACAUGGCUAUUUUGUACCACAAGAUGUUUUUGGAGGCUUCAUCGAUCACGAGGGUCUAUUAGACACAAAAUUUAGAGAAAAUAUCGAAGGGCUCACGAGUUUAUACGAAGCUUCCCAAUUAUGCCUCCCCGAAGACGAAAAACUCGAGAAAAUUGGAAAUUUUAGUGCUUGUAUCUUGAAGAAACUUGCGAGGAAUCACGACGAUAAUUUAGGCAAACAUGUGAGGAAAGCUGUGGCCAAUCCCUUUCAUAAGCGCUUGGUGAAAUUUGUGGUGAAGGAUUACUUUGGAUCCCAAUCUCCAAAUAAGUGGAUUUAUGUUUUUCAACACAUGGCAAAAUUGGAUUUCAAUAGAGUCCAGAAGCUACACGGACUUGAAUUGUCUCAAUUCAUUAUGUGGUGGAAAAGGACAGGAUUAUGUGAAGAACUGAAGUUUGCAAGAGAUCAGCCACUUAAAUGGUACAUUUGUUCGAUGGCGUUCUUAGCAGAUCCAAUGUUUUCAGAAGAGAGAGUUGAGCUGACAAAAUGUAUAUCUUUUAUCUAUCUUAUUGACGACAUCUACGAUGUAUACGGUUCACUUGAAGAACUUAGACUAUUCACUAAAGCAAUCCAAAGAUGGGACUUGGCAGCUCUCGACGGCUUACCAAAACCAAUGAAAUUUUGCAUUAUCAAACUUCAUGAAACAACAAAUGAAAUAUGUCACAAGUUUUAUCUAAAGCAUGGCUGGAACCCAAUUAAUUCCCUAUGCAAAUCGUGGGUAAGACUUUGUGAGGCGUUUCUAGUGGAAGCAGAAUGGUUUGGUUCUAGCCAUCUGCCAAGUGCCAAAGAAUACUUGGAGAAUGGAGAAGUUAGUUCUGGAGUUCAUGUUGUUUUAGCUCACAUCUUCUUUCUCUUAGGCCAAGGUGUGAGCAACGAGGCAGUUCUUUUGAGUUGCAAUCCAGACAUUGUGUCUUCCACUGCGUCAAUUCUUCGACUCAGCGAUGAUUUGGGAAGUGCAAAGGACGAGAACCAAAAAGGACAUGAUGGGUCUUAUAUAGAAUGCUAUAUGAAAGAAAAUCCAGGGAUCUCUGUUGACAGCACACGAGAGCAUAUUAGCCACAUGAUAUCCGAUGCGUGGAAGAGGCUGAACCAAGAAAGCCUGUUUUCUCCAAAUCCAUAUCCACCGACAUUUAUUCAAGCUUCUCUGAAUAUUGCUAGAUUUGUUCCUCUUUUGUAUGGUUAUGAUGAGAAUCAAGACCUUCCAACGCUAGAGAAGCUUGUGAAGUUUGUGCUUUAUGAAAGUGUAGGAGUUUAAGAGACGUUUAAGAUCUUCAUAGAGCUUCAAAAAUAUAAUUGAGUCACGGAAAGAAAAAAUAUACUACUCUUUGUUUGCAUUACCCUA